UACCCUGGAGGGAUUGCACCACAGCUGUCAAAAGCUUGCAAUGAACAUGAAUAUAAAGCCAAAACACAGCAAAUGUUGUCAGACAACUUCAUUUGAUUCAGCAGGAACACUUCUUGUUUCUGACAAGCCUGAUUGAACGCAAAGAUGGUUUUGAAGACCGUUCACCACAACAGGACCAUCCUAAACACUGGUAACACUGUUAAGUGUGCCAAUAGAAACCAUGUCAAAACCUAUAUCCGACAGGGGACAGUGGUCAAGACAGUCACUGCAUCAGAGGAGGGGGAGACAGUUGAUUUCAAUCUGGAUCAAGCUGAAUUAACCCCAGGUGUCGUGUACUCACUGAACAAGAAAGGGCGAUGGAACCUCCCAGAGCAAAUAAAAAAGAAGGUCAUUGGAGGAACACUUGGCAAAGAAGAAUUCAAGGUUUCCUAUCUGAAGCAACUGAAGUUGCAUCGUCGUAAUACCUGCAUGGAAUACGUGGCCAGCUGCGGAGAUAUCAGACAAAUCGUCGCCAAGGGUCAGUCGUACUUCAACGAAAAGAGCAUCCUUCUGGGUAAAAAGCGCCGCCGUAAAAAUCCCAAACGGGCAUUCCCUCUGCAGCCUGAAUUCCUUGAUGAGGACAAGGUAAAACUUCCAGAGCAUCCAGAGGUCCAUUUUGAUGUCUAUGUCCCAAGCAAGAAGGACUCGGUUAUGACAUACAACAAGAAGUAUAUUGGUGGUCAUGACGAUAAACUGUCGUCAUAUGAUGAUGCAAGAUUAGUUCAAAAUGGCCGCUCCACCAAGGGUGGGAGAUCCCGAACGCGUGUUUGUCGAGUCCUAUUAGAUGACAGUCAGUGGUUGGCUGAAGAUGAUUUCUCUGAAGAUGAAGACGACAGCUUCGAUGAAUCAGAAAAGGAAGAUUUUAUGGAGAGAAAUAUGUCAUGUGACUUUCCCCAACUUGUCGAUUCUGCAAUAUGCAAAUUUACUGCAAGUACCAGGAAGGAGAAGAGAAUCUCAUAUAAUCAGAUUCCAGUUGAUUCAGACUUUACGCUUUGCGGUCGAAAAAAUAAGGUGGUGUUUGUCGAUAAGGAUAUGGCUGAUGAUGUGGAUGCUGGAAUCAAUUAUGAAUCAAAAAUGGAAAAUCUCUCUUCAAAGCCUGAGAUGAUACCCGUCAUGGUACAGAUCGACGAGAUUACUACGGAAGCAGUCAACCUGGAACAGGCGUUUGGUGACAAAUACCACGAGGCACCUGUCUUCCCCAGGAAAUUUAUCAUUGACAUGACAGAAGCUGUCCGUCAUCGUCUAAAAGAUGUUGUCCACAUGGCUACUCCUGAUUUCACAGCCUACCUGAUAUUUGAGGAAGUGGAGGAUGCUAAGAAGUUUGAUGUUUAUCAUCCAUUUAGGGUGUCUCUAAAUGGUAACUUCAACCUUGAAUCCAUUGCUGUGGAAACCAUUGACGACGAGCAGACUUAUACUGUCCAAGAGGUCAUUGAUGCUGCAGUGGCCUAUGUUGGUAUCCUCCCAGAAGAAAGUUUCAAGACUGCUAUUGACGUCCCAUCACAAGUCUACAAAUCUGAUCCCUAUGACCUGGUUGCGGGUGUGUGUGAUUGGCAAGUGGAGACUCUGGAGCCAGAGGAAGCUUAUCAAAAGAUUCUCCUGAAAGAAUGUGAAGAAGUUACCUAUGCUUCACGGGAUCCCUUCACUCUCAGUGACCUACAUGGAAAUGUAUGCAACAUCUGCUUCGAAGACAUUGGCCAAUGUGGAUAUUCUGCAACCGCCCUGAAAAAGUGCCAGCACUGGUUCUGCCAUGAUUGUUGGAGGCACCACUUGUUGGCCCAGAUCAAUAGAGGGGCCACCGAGAUCACUUGUCCAGCUCAUGACUGUAGUGAUAUUGUUGACGACAUAACGAUUCUCACUCUUGUCAAUCUUAACGCAUACCAAAAGUAUCACAAUCUCAAGCGGACUGUUGCUCUUCAAAAGCAUGGGUGGAAAUGGUGUCCAAAUGUGAAGUGUACGAGAGCUUUCAUAGUGGGGAAGAAAAAUAGUCCUGAUGAACCUGUCAUCAUUGGUUGCAACUGUGGAACAGUGUAUUGUGAGAUGUGUCACAAUGAACCACACUGGCCAGCAAGUUGUCAAGUCGCCAAAAAUUACUGGGAAAAACUCGUCAAAAACAGAGAUGACAAGGACACUUAUCUAGUCAGUUUCAAAGACUUGAAGGAUACAAAAGUAGUACAAGUCAUGACGAAGCAGUGCCCCAAGUGUUUCAGUGUGUUAGAGAAAGGCACAGGCUGCGAUCACAUGAUCUGCAUCUGCAAAGUGAAUUUCUGUUGGCAUUGUGGGAUGGUGUUAGAAGGUGUGUACUCACAUCCAUAUCCAUGCAAGGUCACACCUUUAAAGCGUGUCGAAAUUAUGCCUAUCGCGUCAAAAUAUGAAUGGCAUCACAAAGUUGGUGUGUCAUCUCUCUACGAGUUGGCAGUUCGGCAUCACAAAGUGAGGAAAUUUUCACCUUUCCAGAAGAAUUCAAGGCAGAAUGUCUCCAAACAUCUAAUGCGUGCUCUCCCUAGUCCCCUUCGUGAGGAUUCCUCAUCCACCGCUAACCCUGCCAGAGUUUUACCACUGAUGGAAGCAUGUGCCCUCAGAGUAAAACACCAAACAGAAAUUGCCCAGCUCCUACGAAAGGCAUCUGCACUUAGGUCCGAGCUUCAUUACCUUGUUGAGUAUGCUGCCAUUACCAUUAACGCAAACAGAGCGAGACUUCCGCAUGAUGGGAAGUUCCGUGAAAUACUAGGAUCUCUCAGCUUUGUGGCCAGUCGACUCGAUAUGCUGCUACAGUAUGGUGCCUGCACCUUGAAACCCAGUGAUACUUUAGAGAGGCUAGAAUACCAUACGUCACUUGCAGUGGAGCAUGGAACAAGUUUGAUCCGGCUGUUAGUGGGGAAGCACCCAAUGUAAAUGGAAGGAUAAAGAUCUCUGUGUUAGGAAAAGGACUCAGGUCACCAGGACAUUCAAGCCCAAAUAAGAUACCAAGUUUGAGGGACUGUUCACUGUCUUUGAAAGUUUCUGCUCUGCUCCUGAUCAACUCUCAGGGGAUGACUUUGUAGGGGACGGGUAGGGGUUGGGGGAGGGAGAUGGGUGUUAUUUAUCAGCUCAGUGAGCAGGUGAAGUAAAUCAGUGGUGUGUGCUCUGUAUCUAUACCAUUGUAUUACUAGUGGGGUGGGAUAAGGGAGACAAUGGGGUGCUAUUCAUACCUAUGUCAUUUCCCAGAACUGGGUACAGAUGAAGUUAUAUUUCACAAUAAAUCAUUACUGAAGUA